AUGGACGUGCCUGUCAUCUUUCUGCUCAUCCACCUGACCCUCACUGAGAUUAAAGCGCUGUUGGCCAGUAGGGCAGUAGAGGGUGGAUGUCCUCUCGGCCAUUUUCCAUGUGGGAACAUGAGUGAGUGUCUCCCUCAGGCUUUACAGUGUAACGGACAUAAAGACUGUCCGAAUGGAGCUGACGAGCGGCGCUGUGGAGAUAACGUCGGUUGGGCUGACUUAUUUGGUCGAACACUACAGAAUCCCAAUCCUGUGGACUCCCUGGAGUGCUUCUUGCAGGAGUAUCCAGAGAGCUGUGAUUGCAUACUGACAGAUGUUGAGUGUGUGGAGGUCAACCUGCAGGAUGUUCCACAAAUUUCUCCAAAUGUUACCUGGCUGUCGCUGAGGAGCAAUGAGAUCCAAGUGUUGUCUGAUUAUGUCUUCUCUGAAUACCCUGCCCUGGAGAGACUGUUUCUGCAAAACAACAGCCUCCAGUUCAUAUCCAAACACGCCUUCAGUGGCCUGUACAAUCUAAAGAGGUUGUUUCUCAGUGAGAAUUUGAUAUCCAUCCUUAGUCCUGGUGUGUUCAGGGACCUCCACCAGUUAGAGUGGCUGAUGUUGGAUCAUAACCCACUGAACAGCUUGUCCCAGGACACCUUCAUUGGGCUCGAGUCUCUCAUGUACCUAUCCAUGGUGGAUACCUCGCUGCAGCAGCUUCCUCACCCGAGCUUCUGUCAACACAUGCCUGCCUUGGACUGGCUGGAUCUUGAGGGAAAUCUGAUUCAAACUCUGAAUUACUCCAUAUUGAAGACAUGCAGCAAGCUGGAAGUGCUAUUACUGAUGGACAACAAGAUUGGAAGAGUCCCUGAAAACACCUUCCAGUCCCUGUGGAAACUGGCUGAGCUGAAUCUGUCCAGCAACAGGAUCAGGGAGCUGCCGAGAAAUACUUUUAAGAGCGUUUCCAAGUCCCUCCUUAAACUAAAUAUUUCCUAUAAUCCCCUUCUCCACAUUCACCCCAGCCACUUUAACCACCUAACACAACUUCAGUCUCUGGCACUGGAAGGGAUUGAGAUACCAGAUAUUCAGACUAAGAUGUUUCUGCCUAUGAAAAACCUCUCCCACAUCUACUUUAAGACGUUCCAGUACUGCUCCUAUGCACCUCAUGUCAGGUCCUGUAAGCCUAACACAGAUGGUAUCUCUUCUUUUGAGGACCUGCUGGCUAACAUGGUGCUGCGGGUGUCUGUCUGGGUCAUGGCCUUCAUUACCUGCUUUGGUAACCUCUUAGUCAUUGGCAUGCGGUCGCUGAUUCGAGCUGAGAACAACCUGCAUGCUGCCUGCAUCAAAGUCCUCUGCUGUGCAGACUGCCUUAUGGGUGUCUACCUGUUUUUUGUCGGAGUUUUUGAUGUAAAAUUCCGUGGGCAGUACAAUCGUAACGCCCUGUUGUGGAUGGAGAGUGUUGCGUGUCGGACCAUUGGAUUCCUGGCCAUGCUCUCCUCAGAGGUUUCUGUUCUCCUCCUGACCUACCUGACUCUGGAGAAGUUCCUGGUUAUUGUCUUCCCCUUCAGUAAUCUGCGACCAGGCAAACUUCAGACUGGGGUGAUGCUGGCCUCAAUCUGGCUGCUUGGGUUCAUUAUUGCUGCUGUUCCCCUCAUGAAUGAAGACGUGUUUGGAAACUACUAUGGACGUAAUGGUGUCUGCUUUCCCCUGCACUCUGACAGGCAAGAAAAACCGACUGCCAAAGGAUAUUCCACAGGGAUUUUUCUGGGUCUAAACCUGGUGGCUUUCCUGGUGAUCGUCUUCUCCUACUCCAGUAUGUUUUACUCUAUCUAUAAAACCGGCAUUAAUGCGACAGACCUGAGGAGCAGACUGCACAGAGACGUGGCUGUGGCCAACAGAUUUUUCUUCAUAGUGUUCUCUGAUGCCCUCUGCUGGAUUCCCAUAUUUUUGGUGAAAAUCCUCUCACUUAUGGAGGUGGAGAUACCUGGCACCAUUUCCAGUUGGGUAGUCAUCUUCAUCCUUCCCAUUAACAGCGCCUUGAACCCCAUCCUGUACACCUUGACCACCAGCUUUUUCAGAGAGCAGGUGGAACUUUUACUCUGUCGGUGGCAGAGGAGACAUGCCUUGAAAAAAGACCGGAAAAGCCUCACCUCCUCCACAAUCUUCAUGGAGACAUCACGAGCUCCUUGCUACCACCCACCAGCCUACAUCCAGCGUGUGUCACUGAUGGGCGCAGAUCCUCGCUACGCCUGA